AUGCCCCAUCGUUCGGUUUUCGAUCGAUUCCAAGGCGCCUUGGAACGCGUGACUCGCCGCCAUGGCCGCGAAAGAGACCGAGGAAGCCGAAGCCCUCAACGCUAUGCUGAAAUCGUGGCUGCUCCAGAUCACGGCCCGGAUCGAGCCGGCCACUUCCAUCGGGGCGCCUCUCUUCCAGAUCUCCUAACUCAUGUCACUCUAGGUGGUAGUGCCCAACCGCUUCCUCCUGAUAGACAAAGCCUUUGGGAUACUCCGGCACCUACCCCUUCUCCUGUUCAGUCCCAGCCAAAUGCUUCUAUGGGAGACACAUCCCACGAGGACCAGCAUUUUAUCCCAACAGCUAUCAUUACGACUCGUGACACUGGAUCCAUUGAUGAAGGAAUUGAGGAUCACCCCUGGAUGAUUCUCGGCCAAGAUUUCUUCCCUGAAAAUCAGCCGCAGGUUCCUAGCCAUCUGAGAACUGGAUUACUUUUGAGCUCUCAACUGAAACAACGCAAGCUUGAGCUAUGCGACUGCUGCAGCCCAAAGACUUUGGGUGGAGAUUGGCGAGCCUUGAUCCUUGACUCUCUCACACGUACCUUCACUCGUCACGAAUCUUUGGCAUCGUGCUCUGAGCUUCGCUACCGAACCCAUCUCAAGCUAGGGGCACCUGCUGCAAACAAACAUUGCCGCGCUCAAGGCGAUGUCUUUGCCCUUCUCCUUGAGAUCCUCACCUCUCCCAGCGGACUUGUUGGCCAUGAAGACGGCCUUCAUCUCCCGCUGUUACUUGCCACAUUCACUAUCGAUCGAUAUAUCCCCUUCCGCAUGUUCCACCACAAUCCUCUUAUCAACUCACCUCGUCUGGAGUUUGAGUAUUACGAAUUUCGUUCCGAGGAAAUUUACCGGGCCUGGCUCGCAGUCUUUCACGACGAAAGACUCCGUGACUACCUCUCCCCAAGUGCAGUGGUGACUCUUUACAUCCACUUGGCACCGCACUGGUGGUGGCAUGAUUGGGCCCAUAUCGAGUGUGACCCUAGGAGCCAGUUUGAGCAAGUCUUUCAAAGUUUCUUCAAUCGCACACGACUUGGAUUGCAUUCUUGGAUGGAGAGCACCGCCGUCAGUGUUGGAAAACGAAGCUCUGUGACUAGGGCCGGGCCUCAUGAAAGAACUUUACAUAGUUCGGGCAACCAAUCAGACGGCGCUCCCACCCUCUAUGGCGUCCCGUUCCAGGGAACUCGGAAGGCACCGCAUCAAAAGCAUCCUCUAGAGUUGGAUGGGAGCGGAGAUGAUUUGGGAGAAACCCUUAGAGGUUUUCAAGGGAGCCCACGCCAGUGGGCUCUCGAUGCACAUUCCAGUGGUGCGCCCUGGGGUUCGGACAACAACCGAACGCCCGGGACUCAAGAUGUACCUUUCACAGGUGCUCUUGAGGCAGUGCAUGUGAGCCCACACCAGUGGGCUCUCGAUGCACAUUCCACUGGUGCUGCUGGGGAGAUGCUGGAUGAGUCGGUUCAAGAUGGUUCGGAUAUCAACCAAACGCGUGGAGAUCAAGAUGUACCUUUUAUUGUGCCUCCUGUGGCUGUCUCUGACAUGUCUGGUAGCCCAGAGCCUGUUCUGCCUCGGGUUGAUUGA